CAUUCUGGAGUUAGACGCACCUAUCAUGACUUCGAGUUUUCAUCUAAAGUAUCUGCGGAAUAUUUCAUUAUCUGAAGAUACCUGAUUGACUUUUGACGUCUUUUUCACAUUUGAUAGGCAUUAAAGAUUACGUAUAAAAUUAAGAAAAAUAAAACCCAAGUUACAUCACGUUAUAUCGACAGAUAUACAUCUUUGGACUAUUCCACAAUCAACAAUUACAAUAAGCGAGUGCUAAGUGCGUCUCACUGAUAUGUAUUUUAUUCCGAAAGAAAUAAAUGCUGACGUCGAAUAUGUAUAGUAUUUCAAGGUUCUCUUCCAAUAUAACCGGUGUUGCGUCAGAUCAAUUCUUCUCGUUAUCAUCCGUACACGCGGAAGCACCGUGUGACGAUAGAUGGCAGAAUGUCGCUGGUAACGUUGCACGUGUUACGUUGCCACGGUUUAGCAGCGAGGUUUAUUAAUCCGUCGCGGCUCGUAGCGACCGGUGGACCGGUAGUGUUCAAGCGAUUCGUUGCGGUUGGAAAACUUCGUCGAAACAUGUCGUACGCAACUGUUGAACGGGGUGCUCUCAACACUACGGACUACAGGAUAUUUUACAAGAAUGAUCUGAAUGUACCGAUUUCACCUAUGCAUGACAUUCCACUGUACGCUGAUGAAGAAAAGAAAAUACUAAAUAUGAUUGUCGAGAUACCUAGAUGGACAAAUGCUAAGAUGGAGAUCUGUCUCAAAGAGACAUUAAAUCCUAUUAAGCAGGAUGUUAAGAAAGGCAAAUUGAGAUUUGUCGCCAAUUGUUUUCCUCAUCAUGGAUACAUAUGGAAUUAUGGUGCUUUGCCACAGACAUGGGAAAACCCUGAAAUUUUAGAUGAAGCAACAGGUUGCAAGGGUGACAAUGAUCCUAUUGAUGUCCUUGAAAUAGGUUACAGGGUUGCAAAACGAGGUGAAAUAUUGAAAGUGAAAGUUCUUGGAACGGUGGCACUUAUUGAUGAAGGUGAAACUGACUGGAAAAUUAUUGUAAUCGACGUCAACGAUCCCUUAGCAGAUAAAAUGAAUGAUGUAAACGAUAUUGAGAAACAUUUUCCAGGUUUAUUGAAAGCCACGCUUGAAUGGUUUAAGAUAUAUAAAAUUCCCGAUGGAAAGCCGGAAAAUCAUUUUGCAUUUAAUGGUGAAGCCAAAUCUCGAGAUUUCGCAAUGCACGUUGUCGAGGAAGUGCAUAAACACUGGCAAAAUUUGAUGAAACAGGAGGAUCCAGCUGGUGGAAUAAUAUGUUGUAACGUAACCGUGGAAGAUAGUUCUUUCAAGAUUUCCGCAGAAACUGCUGAAGAAAUUCUAGAGAAAGCACCUGAACCGGUAGAACCUCAACCUGUAGAACCAAUAGUGGAUAAAUGGCAUUACGUACAUCUCAAAUGAAGAUAAUUCUUGGAUUUCUUCAAUCGUUCAACUGUAUUGGAGUCGGCACAUGUCUACUUUAUUUGUUCACCUGGAGUGCUAUCUUAUUUAUCAUUUUCAUGUUUUCUCACCGGGUACAUCAUUUUUUCAAUAUAUUUAAAUAAAUAUAGAUAAUGGUAACGUAUAUACGGCGUUAUGAUAAGUCUACCGUUUAUUAGCUUUACGUUUCAUCAGCUUUGUACCUUCAAUAUUUUUCGAUGUAGGUUUUAGGUAAAAUGCAUCACAAAACCUAGCUUUCUUUACAUACGUCGCGUGCAUAGAUCUCAUGCAUAUUACAAUAUUGUAUAUUCAUAGCAGCACGUUUUGGUUAUAAUCUCGUUAUGUGGGUUGUGAUAAGUUAAAGUUAAGCUGAAGGUUUAGACAACGCAAUUCCUCUGAUAAUAGAAAGUAAUUUCUUCAGUAUUUAUUCCGGUAUAGAAAUAACAAUAAAUAAACUGAUCCGAGCAUGAACGCGUAUAUUGUUCCCAUGAAUUAUCCCUAUUUAAAAUAUCGUUACACUCAUAUUAAUAUUUAUAUAUAAGAUAUGAGAGUCAUGCGAUUGUAAAUAAUGAUCUCAUCGUAGUUGCAGCUACAUGUUUGGCUAUCACAUUCCAUGAGAAAGGAUCUCGAAGAAAGCAUUUGUUUUUUCGUUUCAAGAUGUGUUUAACAGUACGAACUGCACGAGCCAGUUUUUUCGCGUGACAUCCACUUUAAACCUGCAAAGUGGAGCGACUGUUCGGUGCGAUAAAUUCUGUCGGGUAAAUGAGAGAAUAAAACAACUUCCGAUAGUACGAAAAACAAAUUAUCGUUUCUACUAAAGAGAUAAUCGACUUUGUUCCGGCACAAAACAAGUGCCAAUUUUUCAGUACUUUUGGGAUCAAAAGAGCGUAACUCGAUAGAAUUUAAUUUAUCGAAUUGUUUGAUUGCAAGUUUUGUAAGCAUGCUGUUUUAAUAAAUUUUAAGAGUUGU